CUUUUAAGGACUCUAAAAUAUUAUAAAUUUCAGGCAAGGACAAUUUUAAUCUAAACACUAUAAAUACCCAUAAAUUGUUUUUCAAUAUCAUUCACAUCAUACAACAGCAUAAACAAAAUCUCAUUUGCUAAUUUUUGUUGAUUUAUUUUAUUAUUAUUUUUUUGUUGAGAAAAUGACUAUUCUCAUUGAGCAGCCUGAAUUUGGAUCACAAGUGGAGGAGAAAAAGGUCUCAUUCAAUGCCAAUGAACUUAUUUUGGAUGGUGGAUUUAUGGUACCAAAGACAUUGUCUUCUCAAGAUGAAAUAUUUGAAGUGCCAGACAUAAAUGCAUUUGGUCAAUCAUUUAGGGAUUAUAAUGCAGAAAAUGAGAGACAAAAAUCAGUGGAAGAAUUUUAUAGGGUUCAACACAUUAACCAAACAUAUGACUAUGUGAAAAAAAUGAGAGAAGAAUAUGGAAAAUUGAACAAAAUCGAAAUGAGUAUUUGGGAUUGUUGUGAACUUUUGAAUGAUGUAGUUGAUGAUAGUGAUCCUGAUUUGGAUGAACCACAAAUUGAGCAUUUGUUACAAACUGCUGAAGCUAUUAGAAAAGAUUAUCCAAAUGAAGAUUGGCUUCAUUUGACUGGCCUCAUUCAUGACCUAGGGAAAGUACUUCUUCAUCCAAGUUUUGGAGGGCUUCCUCAAUGGGCUGUUGUUGGAGACACAUUUCCUCUUGGUUGUGCUUUUGAUGAAUCAAUUGUUCACCACAAGUAUUUUAAGGAAAAUCCAGAUAUCAACAACAAUAUUUAUAACACAAAAAAUGGUGUAUAUAAAGAAGGCUGUGGACUUGACAAAGUUGUUAUGUCAUGGGGACAUGAUGAUUAUAUGUAUUUGGUUUCCAAGGAAAAUGAAACUACUCUUCCUUCUGCUGCUUUAUUUGUUAUACGUUACCACUCUUUCUAUGCAUUACAUAGGUCAGGAGCAUAUACACACUUGAUGAAUGAGGAGGACAAAGAGAACAUGAAGUGGCUCAACAUUUUUAACAAAUAUGAUUUAUACAGCAAGAGUAAAGUUCGAAUUGAUGUGGAAAAAGUCAAGCCAUACUAUCUCUCUCUUAUUGAAAAGUAUUUCCCAACAAAGCUGAGGUGGUAAUUGAAUCCAUGGUGGCAGAGUAGAUAAUAUAUAAUUAAUUGUUAAUUAUAGAGAAAUAGCUAUUUUCAACUAUAUUUCAUAUUCCUUUAUGUUGAUUAUUAAAACAUUUUAUCCUUUCGAAAUGUAAUUUUCGUUUUUUUUUUAAUUUUAAAUUUAGAAAUGUAUUUCUUUCGUUUCAUUCAUGAAUAAAUUCCAUUGAGAUUUUAUUG